AUGUACUUUGUAUGGACGCUGACCGUAAUUCAGGCCUUCAUUGCAGCUCAUCCGUUCGCGGCAGACAAACAUAUCCGACACAAGGCUCAGCUCGAUCAACAGCGCUUGCAUGUUCCACUUGUUGAUCGCACCCCAGCGAAGGAGCCACCACCUGUGAUUGUCGCUAUUGUCGGGCCUGAGGGCGUGGGUAAAACUACUCUUAUGCGCAGUCUUAUUCGUCGCUAUACGAAGCACACUGUCGCCAACAUCACGGGACCCGUGACUGUAGUGAGCGGUAAAAAUCGUCGCAUUACAUUUAUCGAAUGCAACAACGAUAUCAAUUCGAUGAUCGACAUAGGCAAGAUUGCCGAUCUGGUGCUUCUGAUGAUCGACGGCAGUUUCGGGUUUGAAAUGGAGACCAUGGAGUUUCUGAAUGUCCUGCAGGCACAUGGAUUCCCCAAGGUUAUGGGUGUGCUUACUCACUUAGACCUUAUCAAGAAGACGCGCAUUCUACGGGCAACAAAGAAGCGUCUGAAACACCGCUUUUGGACAGAAAUAUACCAGGGUGCCAAGCUGUUUUAUCUGUCUGGCAUCAUCAAUGGUCGAUACCCUGAUACAGAGAUUCAGAAUUUGUCCCGAUUUAUCAGUGUGAUGAAGUUUCGUCCGCUUAUUUUUCGCAAUCAGCACCCAUACUUCCUUGCUGACCGUAUGGAAGAGCUUACACCACGUGAGCUUGUAAAAUCGAAUCCUAAAAUGGAUCGCACUAUCACCGUAUAUGGAUACUUACGCGGCACACAUCUUCGCAAUAAGCAACCUAUUCACAUUCCAGGCGUGGGUGACCUGGUUAUUCAGUCGAUUGAGCGUCUCGCUGACCCGUGUCCCCUUCCCACGCAGGAAAGUGAGCGUCGCCGACGAUUGAGCGAUAAGCAAAAACUAAUUCAUGCUCCUAUGAGUGAUGUGGGUGGUGUCAUGUUUGACAAAGACGCUGUGUACAUAAAUGUGCCCGGUCACUUUUCUAAGCGUGAUGAUGCGGACAUGGGUGAGGGUGAGCGGAUUGUCAUGUCGCUACAAGAUUCCAACACUACCUUGGGCGAUCGAGCGGCUCAAAGCGAGCUCCGUCUUUUCGAUGACUCUAGUGCACCUGUUUCCUUAGGUCGCGAACGCCGCAGAGCUGCUUUUGGCGAUGACAUGGAGCGAAAUGGAAGCGGCGAUGAUGAGUCGGAGCAAGAAGAAGAAGAUGACGCGGAAGAUGUGGAUGCUGAGGAGGAAGAAGAGGACGAUACCGGCGGUGGUCGAAGCAUGAAUUUGGCUGAAGAUGAAGACGAUGAGCAAGUGGAGGAAGUUGCGUAUGCAGAGAGUGAUUCGGACCUGGGGGAUGCAGAAGAGUCCAUGUCUGCUUGGCAGACGGACUUGGCGCAACGUGCGCAAGAGACGGUGCUUGAGAAUCGGCGUCGACGGCGUGAUUUGAUGCGAUUGAUCUACGACUCCGAGCAGACGCCCGAAGAUAUCGCUGCAGGGAGAGACAGUUCUUCGGUACCUGAAGAAUCCCUUGGCGCCGAAGAUGACUUUCUCCAUAUCGUGUCGAAUGAAGCGCCAAUGACGUCUGUGCCUGUGCCGGAAGAAUGCCGCCCUCAAGUCUCGCUUGACCAAUUGAAGGUAUGGGCAGAUGACAAUAAGCUUGAUUCGAUCCGCCAUUUGUUCAUCACUGGCAACGAUGAACCUGACGAGGCCAAGGCACUUGCUGAAGAUGGGGACGAGGCUGAGCCUGAGGCUGAUCAGGAGGAUCAGCAAGAUGUACAAGAUGAGCAGUCCUCGGAGGAAGCAAGGGCACAAGCGCUGGCGGCGAAAAAGGCCGCGCUGAAGCGCAAGUUCGAUGAACAGUAUGAUGAAGAUGAAGACGAAGACAAGGAUGAUUGGUAUACCGAGCAAAAGAAGGAACUGGCUCGCCAAGCAGAAAUGAACCAGCAAGAAUUCGCAGAGGACGACGAGGACACACGCGCCAAGAUUGAAGGAUUCCGUCCAGGGACUUACGUGCGAGUGGAGAUUGCGAAUGUGCCAUGUGAGUUUGUGGAACACUUCAAUCCAGCGUACCCGGUUAUCGUAGGUGGGCUCUUACCGAAUGAAACAUCUUUUGGCUUCUUGCAAGUGCGUAUUAAGAAGCAUCGCUGGCACAAACGAAUCCUCAAGACGAAUGACCCAUUAAUCUUUAGUCUAGGCUGGCGCCGCUUCCAAAGUAUGCCGAUCUACACCCUCGAUGACGGCACGCGGAAUCGCAUGCUCAAGUACACGCCAGAACACAUGCAUUGUCUCGCAUCCUUCUAUGGACCAGCAAGUCUACCGAACACAGGAUUCUGUGCAUUUAACACGCUCUCCUCGGAGACGCCUCAUUUCCGCAUUAGCGCAACGGGCGUCGUGCUGAAUGUCGAUGCAGGCUCUGGCGCAUCCCAUAAAAUUGUGAAAAAGCUCAAGCUCACAGGCACUCCAGCUAAGGUGUUCAAAAACACGGCAUUUAUCAAAGAUAUGUUUUCAUCGCCGCUGGAGGUUGCCAAGUUUGAAGGCGCGCAGCUCAAAACGGUGUCUGGUAUUCGCGGUCAGGUCAAAAAGGCACUCGCCAAGCCCGAAGGCCAGUUCCGUGCGACGUUCGAGGACAAGAUCCUAAUGAGCGACAUUGUAUUUUUGCGCGCCUGGUACAAUGUCGUGCCACGUCCAUUCUACAAUCCUGUCACAUCGCUUCUCAUGCGUGGUGACACAGAGCGCGAGUGGCAAGGCAUGCGCUUAACGGGCACUGUGCGCAAGGAAGAAGGCAUCAAGACACCACUGCGGAUCAAUUCGACAUACAAGCCAGUGGAGCGGCCCGAAGUACGCAAGUUCAAUCCGCUUCGUGUGCCAAAGUCACUUCAAGCUGCACUGCCAUUCAGCAGCAAACCGCACACAACGAGGGCUCAGCGCAAGCCUACGUAUCUCCAGAAGCGCGCGGUAGUGAUGGAGAAAGACGAGCGCGACACUGUGGCUCUCUUGCAGCAGAUGCAAGCUGUGCAGCAUGCGAAGCAGCAGAAGCGCACUCAGAAGCGCCAGGAUCGCAUGGAAGCCAAGAACAAAGAAUAUGAGAAACAGAGUGCAAUGGAUGCACAAAAGCACAAGGAGCGUAUGAAACAUAUCUACAAAAUCGAAGGCCAGCGCGAAGCAAAGCGAGCCAAGUCCAGUUAG